AUUUAUUACACACCAAAGUAUAAAACCACCCAGCCGGCUGCAGCUCUCAUCUCCAGAUCUGGCAUUUGCCCGAGGAGAUCACAGCGCCUACAGCCCCCGUCAGCUUCCCAAGGAGACUUUCUGGCUCUGUUGAGAAUCAUGCCGUGGAGGCAGCUCGUCUGUUGGCACCUGCUGGCUUUGCUUUUCCUCCCAUUUUGCCUGUGUCAAGAUGAAUAUAUGGAGGUGAGCGGAAGAGCUAAUAAAGUGGUGGCGCGGAUAGUGCAAAGCCACCAGCAGACUGGCCGUAGCGGCUCCAGGAGGGAGAAAGUGAGAGAGCGGAGCCAUCCUAAAACUGGGACUGUGGAUAAUAACACUUCUACAGACCUAAAACCCCUGAGACCAGAUGAGCUUCCACACCCCGAGGUAGAUGACCUAGCCCAGAUCGACCAGUUCUGGGGCCAGUCCCCACAAACUGGCCCACUGCCCCCAGACUGCAGCAAGUGUUGCCAUGGAGAUUAUGGCUUCCGUGGCUACCAAGGCCCCCCUGGACCUCCAGGCCCUCCUGGCAUUCCAGGAAAUCAUGGAAACAAUGGAAAUAAUGGAGCCACUGGCCAUGAAGGGGCCAAAGGUGAGAAAGGAGACAAAGGUGACCUAGGGCCUCGAGGAGAGCGGGGGCAGCAUGGCCCCAAAGGAGAGAAGGGCUACCCAGGGGUUCCACCAGAACUGCAGAUUGCAUUCAUGGCUUCUCUGGCAACUCACUUCAGCAAUCAGAACAGUGGCAUUAUCUUCAGCAGUGUUGAGACCAACAUCGGAAACUUCUUUGAUGUCAUGACUGGUAGAUUUGGGGCCCCUGUAUCAGGUGUGUAUUUCUUCACCUUCAGCAUGAUGAAGCAUGAGGAUGUUGAGGAGGUGUACGUGUACCUUAUGCACAAUGGCAACACAGUCUUCAGCAUGUACAGCUAUGAAACAAAGGGGAAAUCAGAUACAUCCAGCAACCAUGCAGUGCUGAAGCUGGCCAAAGGGGAUGAGGUCUGGCUAAGAAUGGGCAAUGGUGCCCUCCAUGGAGACCACCAGCGCUUCUCCACCUUUGCAGGCUUCCUGCUCUUUGAAACUAAGUGAAGAGAUGAACGGGACAGCUCAACUUUGGGGAAGACUUGUAGCUGAACUGGUAUUGUUAUAAUCUGGGGAGUAUUAAAGUUGAGGGUUCUGUAUGGUGUAUUUAAAAAUUAUAUUGGUUACACUGCUAAUCAGCUUCUAGUACACCAAUAAUGCUGGUUGAUUCUGGGAUACAGAGGAAUAAACCACAAAAUAGCCUUCCCAGAUGACCUUGAGAAAUUCUCAGCCCUUUUUUAUCAUUCUUCCCCCCAUAUCUAAAGGACUUGUCACCUGAUGCAGGUUGGAAAUAACUGUUCUCAAAGAAGGCAUUUGCAAAGAAUUUUGGUGUUCUGCUUAAAUGUCUCAUCAGCUUUCAGGAAUCAAUGAAGUUUUGAGGGGUUUUUUUGUUUGUUUGUUUGUUUUUUGAGACCAUGUCUCCCUGUAAACUCAGCUACCAUGGAUAUUGCUAUGUAGACCAGAAUGGCCUUGAAAUCAUAGAGAUCUGCUUGCUUCUGCCUCUGAGUGCUGGGAUUAAAGGUGUGUGCCGCCAUGCCUGGUGAGUUCAUUUUCUAUACAUUUUAGAGACUAGCCUGGUUAUGAUAGGACUAGGGCAAGAAUAGGGCACUGGCACUUGCCAGGACCUAAGUAGGAGAAACACUUGUAAAGUGUAGACUUGGAAAUAGCAUUUGAUUUAGUGGGUUUACAUUCAUAAAUAAAGUACAGUGAAGUUUUAGUCAUUCCAGAUAGCUUUGAAAUAGUAAAAAUAUUACAGUUCCCACAAAUAAUUGACUCUUCUUUUUAAAAAAUGUAAAUUAAAUCUUGAGUUCUAAUGGCUUAGACUUUCAGAAAUAGAAUUUUCUCAUGAUCCAGAACUGGGUUUAACAGAUCUGCUUAUUGGGUCUUUCUUCCCUUUGUCAUUGCAUUUCUUUGACUGUAACAUCUUUUUUUUUGACUUUGCAGAACUAGCUGAGGUAAGUUUAGGUUGAUAUAGUACAGAUGUUACCACAUUAUUUUUUUUUCUUGGGAAUUAUCCCAAUGUUAAUACUCUACAUAUACCAUGCUGUAGACAUAAUUAUAUACAGGCAGACUAAUGGAUGCAAAAUAUAAAUGUAUUACAUUUAAAAGACACACAAGAACAUAUCUUGAAUUUUUUUCAAUAAAAAUGAUACCACUUUCUUUAUCAUCCUAUUUAACUAAUGUUCACAGAGCCAGAGAAGUUUUAAUAUGCCACAGUGUUAUAAGAAAUGGUUGUGGUUUUUUUCCCUAACUUUACCCAUAAUCUAUUCACGAAAGAUUAAUUUUGUCAUCAAAACACCUUCAUAGAGUGUGCCAUAAGUUCUGAAGAUGGCACUCACAGCUAGUGCCAUCAACUUUUUUCCUCAGCACUGAGGAUCAAACCCAAGGCCUUUUAUAUGCUAGGCAUGUGUACUACCACUGAGCUAUAUCCCCCGCACCCACAUUUUUUCUCUAAUGAAAGUACCAUUGCAAUGUGUUUACUUUGAUGUUGAAUCAUAUUAAAAAUGUACUAGUGAGAUGCCUAUCUGAAAUGUAUAAUGGAUUCUUUCUGAAGCAAUGAGCCCUUAAUUUAUUUUCUAUCAUGAUUUAAACAUAUACAUGGGAUUUUAAACCACAAAUUUCCUUUAACUUAUCACCCUGCAGCUAGAGUUAGAGAAAGAGAAGUAGGGCUGCACAUUAGCUAAUUUGUUGGCCUCCAUGCUCAUUUAAAUGUUUGACCCUAUCCUUUUAAUCCACAAACUUGUUUAAACUCUUCCUGAAACUACAGGUAAUACUCUUUUAAAGUGAAUGAGUGUUUGCCAUGAUGUUCCUAAUCAGAAAUAUUUUUUGUGUGAUAUGUGCUUCUCCUUCCAGAACUGUGGGGUCAUGAGGUUGAGGUUUACCAUGAUCAAAUGUCAUCAAUAUUUUGCCCAAUUACAUUGCCAAUAGCUAUUUGACUGUUAAAUAAUGACCAAGGAGAUUUCAUCUCUGAAGAGUAAACAUGUUAUCUGAGAAGUGUCUUGGAGAAAUCUUUUAGCCUAGCUUUACAUAAAAUUGUAGCAAGAAAAAUUUCAUAAGCAUAUAUGGAAAUAAACACACUUUUGUUAAUUACA